UCAGAGUCACGUGACGGCUCCAAUAUGGCGGCGCCGUGUCCCUGGAGCUGCGNNCGCUGCUGAGGGAGCCGCGUCUCUUCCGGAUCAUGGGCCGGAGCCUGUGAGCGCGGGGUCGCCCGUUCCGCGGGGGGCGGCGGCUAUGCAGCCCCCGGCGCGGGAGCAGGACACGCGCACCAAGAGCAUGUUCGUGUCCCGGGCGCUGGAGAAGAUCCUGGCCGAGAAGGAGGCGAAGCGGCCGCCGCACGGGCAGCUGCGGAGAGCCUGCCAGGUGGCGCUGGAUGAAAUAAAAGCAGAGCUAGAAAAGCCAAGACAAGGCACUGCUGCCCCACCAAAAGCAAACUUCAUUGAAGCAGAUAAAUAUUUUCUUCCGUUUGAGCUGGCCUGUCAGUCAAAGUCCCCACGUAUUGUCAGUACCUCACUGGACUGCUUACAGAAACUCAUUGCUUAUGGGCAUAUCACUGGCAAUGCUCCAGAUAGUGGAGCUCCUGGAAAACGCCUCAUUGACCGGAUAGUGGAAACCAUUUGCAAUUGCUUUCAGGGACCUCAAACAGAUGAGGGAGUUCAAUUGCAAAUAAUAAAGGCUCUGCUUACUGCUGUAACUUCUCCGUAUAUAGAAAUUCAUGAAGGAACAAUCCUUCAGACUGUUAGAACCUGUUACAACAUCUAUCUGGCCAGUAAAAAUCUCAUUAAUCAGACUACUGCCAAGGCUACCCUUACUCAGAUGUUGAACGUUAUUUUCACACGGAUGGAAAAUCAGGCUAUACAAGAAGCCAGAGAAUUAGAAAAAACAAAUCAACAAAAAUCCCAAUCUCCUGUGAUUCAAACUGUAGCAGAGUCUCCAAAGAUUAGUAGACUAAAGCACAACCAACAGGAAAUGAUGCCUUCAACCCCUGCAAAAGGAGAUUUAACUAAUGGGGAGCCUGAGAGUACAGAAAAUGGAGACCAGAAGCCAGAGAAAGAUCAGACUUCUUCAGUUUCUGAAGAAACAACUGAAGGGGGACAGGAAAUGAUUAAAGACAUCUUGGAGGAUGUGGUCACAUCAGCUGUUAAAGUGGCUGAGGAGAAGCACGUAGCUGAAACAGUCAGGGCCUCAUCAGAAUCAGAAGCUGUGGAUCUUGCCCAUUCUGGUUGUAGCAAUGAAAAUGUACAAACAAACGGAAUUCCAGAUGACAGACAAUCUGUUUCCUCCACAGAUAACUUGGAAACAGAUGUACCUGGACCUCAAGCAGCUGCCAAAUUCUCCCAUAUCCUGCAAAAAGAUGCCUUCCUUGUGUUCCGGUCACUGUGCAAGCUUUCAAUGAAACCCCUCGGUGAUGGACCACCAGAUCCCAAGUCCCAUGAGUUGCGUUCUAAAAUUGUGUCCCUUCAGCUGCUUCUCUCAGUAUUACAGAAUGCUGGUCCAGUUUUCAGGACACAUGAAAUGUUCAUCAAUGCAAUCAAGCAAUAUCUCUGUGUAGCAUUAUCGAAAAAUGGAGUCUCUUCUGUACCUGAUGUAUUUGAGCUGUCUCUUGCCAUUUUUCUCACCCUGCUUUCAAACUUUAAAACCCAUUUAAAAAUGCAAAUUGAGGUUUUUUUCAAAGAGAUCUUUCUGAAUAUAUUGGAGACCUCCUCGAGUUCUUUUGAGCACAAAUGGAUGGUGAUUCAAACCUUGACUAGAAUUUGUGCAGAUGCCCAGUGUGUGGUGGAUAUUUAUGUUAACUAUGACUGUGAUUUAAAUGCUGCUAAUAUUUUUGAGCGCCUUGUAAACGACUUGUCUAAAAUUGCUCAGGGACGGAGUGGACAAGAGUUGGGAAUGACACCUCUGCAGGAACUAAGUCUGCGGAAGAAAGGUCUGGAAUGUUUGGUUUCAAUCUUAAAGUGCAUGGUAGAAUGGAGCAAAGACCUUUAUGUGAAUCCCAACCAUCAAGCCAGUCUUGGUUCAGAUAAACCUUCAGAGCAGGAAAUGGGUGAAGGAAAAUGUCUGGAAAGUGGAGGCAGAAGGAGCAGUGUAAGUUCCUUAGAGUCAACAGUGUCAUCGGGCAUUGGAAGUGUUGGCACCCAGACUUCUGUCCCAGAUGAUCCUGAGCAAUUUGAAGUCAUCAAGCAACAGAAGGAGAUAAUUGAACAUGGGAUAGAAUUAUUUAAUAAAAAGCCAAAGAGAGGAAUACAAUACCUGCAGGAACAGGGAAUGCUUGGCACUACAACAGAGGAAAUUGCACAAUUUCUCCAUCAAGAAGAACGCCUGUGUUUUACUCAAGUGGGUGAAUUUCUAGGGGAGAAUAACAAGUUUAACAAGGAGGUGAUGUACGCCUAUGUAGACCAGCUUGAUUUCUGUGGGAAAGACUUUGUCUCUGCUCUACGGAUAUUUCUGGAAGGUUUCCGAUUGCCAGGUGAAGCCCAGAAGAUUGAUAGACUAAUGGAGAAGUUUGCAGCUAGAUACAUUGAAUGCAACCAACGGCAAACCUUGUUUGCUAGUGCUGACACCGCCUAUGUUUUAGCAUAUUCUAUUAUAAUGCUGACAACGGACUUGCACAGUCCUCAGGUAAAGAAUAAAAUGACAAAAGAGCAAUAUAUUAAAAUGAAUCGCGGAAUCAAUGAUAGUAAAGACCUGCCAGAGGAAUAUCUGUCCACCAUUUAUGAGGAAAUAGAGGGAAAGAAAAUUGCAAUGAAAGAUACAAAGGAGUAUGCAGUUUCUACCAAGAGUAAGCCAAAUGUAGCCAAUGAGAAGCAGCGACGGUUAUUGUACAACCUGGAGAUGGAGCAAAUGGCUAAAACAGCUAAAGCCCUCAUGGAGGCAGUAAGCCACGCCAAGUCGCCUUUUACAAGUGCCACUCACCUGGAGCAUGUCCGGCCCAUGUUCAAACUUGUGUGGACUCCAUUAUUGGCAGCUUAUAGCGUUGGUCUUCAGAACUGCGAUGACACAGAAGUUGCAUCUCUCUGUUUGGAAGGAAUACGAUGUGCAAUCAGAAUAGCCUGCAUUUUUGGCAUGCAGCUUGAACGAGAUGCUUAUGUACAGGCCCUUGCUCGCUUUUCACUGUUGACUGCCAGUUCCAGCAUUACAGAAAUGAAACAAAAAAACAUAGACACCAUUAAAACACUUAUUACAGUGGCUCAUACAGAUGGCAACUACCUUGGGAAUUCCUGGCAUGAGAUCUUGAAAUGCAUCAGCCAGUUGGAACUAGCGCAACUUAUAGGAACUGGGGUUAAAACACGAUACUUAUCUGGCUCUGGGCGUGAAAGAGAAGGCAGCAUUAAAAGCUAUACAUCUGGGAGUGAAGAAUUCAUGAGCCUGGGACUAGGUAACCUUGUUGGUGGUGGAGUUGAUAAAAGGCAAAUGGCCAGCAUUCAAGAAUCUGUAGGAGAGACUAGCUCACAAAGUGUGGUGGUGGCAGUGGACAGAAUAUUUACAGGAUCAACCAGGCUGGAUGGCAAUGCAAUAGUUGACUUUGUCCGAUGGUUGUGUGCUGUUUCCAUGGAUGAGCUGGCUUCCCCCCACCACCCACGCAUGUUCAGUCUACAAAAGAUAGUGGAGAUUUCAUAUUACAACAUGAAUCGCAUUAGGCUGCAGUGGUCAAGGAUAUGGCAAGUGAUCGGAGAUCAUUUCAAUAAGGUUGGCUGCAACCCUAAUGAAGAUGUGGCCAUCUUUGCAGUUGACUCAUUAAGGCAGCUGUCAAUGAAGUUCCUUGAGAAGGGAGAGUUGGCCAACUUCCGUUUCCAGAAGGACUUUUUGAGGCCUUUUGAGCAUAUUAUGAAGAAAAACAGAUCUCCAACUAUUCGUGACAUGGUAAUACGCUGCAUUGCUCAGAUGGUCAACUCGCAGGCUGGGAACAUUCGCUCAGGCUGGAAGAAUAUCUUUGCAGUAUUUCACCAAGCGGCUUCAGACCAUGAUGGAAAUAUCGUGGAGUUGGCUUUUCAAACUACAGCACACAUAGUUACAAAUAUUUUUCAGCAACAUUUUCCAGCAGCAAUAGAUUCAUUUCAGGAUGCGGUAAAAUGUUUAUCUGAAUUUGCCUGUAAUGUAGCAUUUCCUGACACUAGCAUGGAAGCCAUCAGACUUAUUCGUUAUUGUGCUAAAUAUGUUUCAGAAAGACCACAGGUAUUAAGAGAAUACACAAGUGAUGACAUGAAUGUUGCUCCUGGAGACAGGGUCUGGGUCAGAGGAUGGUUCCCUAUCUUAUUUGAACUAUCUUGCAUCAUUAAUAGAUGUAAAUUAGAUGUUCGGACAAGAGGUCUGACGGUGAUGUUUGAAAUAAUGAAGAGCUACGGGCAUACCUUUGAAAAACACUGGUGGCAAGAUCUCUUCCGAAUUGUGUUUAGGAUUUUUGACAAUAUGAAACUCCCUGAGCAACAAACUGAGAAAUCUGAAUGGAUGACAACUACAUGUAACCAUGCACUUUACGCAAUCUGUGAUGUAUUUACACAGUUCUAUGAAGCUUUAAAUGAGAUCCUUCUUCCUGAUAUAUUUGCACAGUUACACUGGUGUGUAAAACAAGAUAAUGAACAGCUGGCUCGAUCAGGUACCAAUUGUCUAGAAAACUUGGUAAUACUAAAUGGAGAAAAAUUCAGUCCUGAAGUUUGGGACCAAACAUGCAAUUGUAUGCUGGAAAUCUUCAAAACCACCAUUCCUCACGUCCUGCUUACGUGGAGACCAGCAGGAAUGGAUGAUGAUGUUUCUGAAAAGCAUUUGGAUGUCGACUUAGAUCGCCAGUCUCUGAGCAGCGUGGACAAAAACGCUUCAGAAAGGGGACAGAGUCAGUUUUCAAAUCCAACAGAUGAGAGCUGGAAAGGUGGUCCUUAUGCAAACCAGAAACUAUUUGCCAACCUCCUUAUUAAGUGUGUGGUGCAGCUGGAACUGAUACAGACCAUUGAUAGUAUAGUAUUUUAUCCAGCAACUAGCAAGAAGGAAGAUGCUGAGCACAUGGCUGCAGCUCAGAGAGAUGCCCUGGAUGCAGAUAUCCACAUUGACACAGAAGACCAAGGAAUGUAUAAGUACAUGUCUUCACAUCACCUCUUUAAAUUAUUGGAUUGUUUGCAAGAGUCUCAUUCAUUUUCCAAAGCCUUUAAUUCCAAUUAUGAACAGCGAACUGUCUUAUGGAGAGCAGGGUUCAAGGGUAAGUCAAAACCCAAUCUUUUAAAACAAGAGACCAGCAGCUUGGCUUGUUGCUUGAGAAUCCUCUUCCGAAUGUAUGUUGAUGAAAACCGUAGAGACUCCUGGGAUGCGAUACAACACCGACUUCUAAAUGUGUGCAGUGAAGCAUUAGCCUAUUUUAUCACGGUGAAUUCAGAAAGCCACAGAGAGGCCUGGACCAAUCUCCUAUUGUUGCUGUUAACAAAAACACUAAAAAUCAGUGAUGAAAAGUUUAAAGCGCAUGCUUCAACGUAUUACCCAUACCUAUGUGAAAUCAUGCAGUUUGACCUGAUUCCUGAGCUCCGAGUUGUGCUACGGAAGUUCUUCCUGCGAAUAGGUGUAGUGUUCAAAAUCUGGAUGCCGGAGGAGCAGUUACGGACAACUGGGACCCCCUUACCUUCAUGGUAGCCUCAAGUAAAACUGGUCACUGUUGCUUACUCACAAUGCUUCAGCUAUGGGUUUAUCCAGAUACUAAAACUGAGGAUCUUUCUUGAUGUUGGAGCAUCUUUAAGGCAGCCUUAAGUAUUCCUUUACUUAUUUAGGAAAAAGUUUUUUAUCAGUCUGUCAGCAAUUUAGAAAUUAAUCAUAUGACAUCAGAAUUAUAGAUUUAUGCUGUAUUGCAUGGAGAGCAGAAACAGUGUUACAGUCUUAUUCCUGCCUCCAAGACUUCUGAUGGUUGAUUGUAUAUACUAGAUCAGUAGAGAAUGGUGCAUCAGUAACUACACUGUUCAAAACACUUUUUUUACCAGCUGUUUGCUUCUCUGUACCUUUGGAAAUGCCAUAACCCAUGGGCAUCAUUAUAACAAAGCUGAGAAUGCUCUGUCAAAACUCCAAAAGUAAUCACUACUACACUGGCUUGGAUCUUGUGCCAGGUUCUGCUAGCAAUGACUCCCACCGCUUGUGGUAAAGCUUCUCUUUGGCUUUAAUGCAACUGUGUUUGAGAUUGGGGGUCCAUGUUAGCAUAUCCAGAAAAAGAUCUGGCACUUGUAUGCAGUAUGUGAACUCUAUUCAGGCAUUGCAUUUUAAAUGUGUACAAGCUAAUUAAGAUGUUAUGCAACAAAUUAUAGGUAAAUAUAAGUUCAUAACUUAAUAGUAUAAAUGUGGAGGAUCUGCAUGUUCUCAUGAUUUUGUUUCUCCUUAAUGGGACACUUUCAAGUGGGUGGGCAUGGGAAAAAUCUUUUUUUCAUUUGGUAAUUGGGAUAACCCUGAAAAACCCCUCUUCUUGUUUCUUUCACUUGUUCUGGUGCAAGAGCAUGUUAUGUUUUGACCCUUGGCUUUUUCUCAUUUCAAUUUCACUAAUUCUAUUUCUAUAAUAUCUAAAAUAUAGGCAGAAUAAGAGUCUGGAAUAGCUGCUAGGUAAAAUGUCUGUAAUUGUGUAAGCAAGCCAAAUGAUUUAAAAGAAUGGAAAAAGGAGGUAAAUUGUAUCCUUGGCCUGAAGUACAAGUGUGUUUUUUGUUGUUUUUUUUUCCUUUUGUCAAAGGCACAGCUACCUUAAUGUCUAUGAUCUCUUACAUUUUUUCUGCCACUUUAAGGAAAAUGUACUUUCUGUGCAAAAUGUAUGUCUUACCUAUUUAAAAUGCCUAAAUUAGUUGCUAGUUACUUUCAUGAAGAUCUCCUUAUUAAGUGCAUUUUAAUAUCAGUAAUUUAAUGAACAGCAUUCCUUGCCCAAUGGAUGUAUACAUUUUUUGAGAGAAUAGCAGAAUUAUUAUAUAAUAUGAAAAGCUAUGUAAAGUUUUCUACAUAAAAUUAUGUAUAAUACUGUUAUAAUAUUCCAUGCUUUAAUCGGGUGGUAAAUCAAUAAAAUUUUAAAACUGAAGUUUGCUUUUUAAUUCAGUGGUUAAAACUUGUAUGAAACUAUUUGCUGUAUUCUGUUUGGAAUAUAACCAUUCACGGGUACAGACUUCUUUUGAGUCUUUCAUGUAUGUUGAGUAGCAAAUGCAUGGAAAUAGUGAGUUAAGAAGUGUAACACAGAAAUAUAUUUUUUUCCCUUAGAGCUGACAUG